CUGACAACACAAGUUUGAGUGACAGUUCAGGUUAACAUCGAUUUGAAAAGAGUUUAAAGCUUUAAAGUGAAGACAAUGUGUCGGGAAGUGUUUAUCGUAUUUGUUGCAGUGUCACUAUGGACUGGGAGUUGUGCUAAUGCAAAGUCUGACACAAAUAGUGAGGACGGAAGGCAAAGUGUUUUUGACAUGGAAAUGGACCGUGAAAAAUACGAAGCCGGAAAAGCUCAGUACGAACUCGUGGCGGGUUAUUCCAAAAUGCCAGAAUACGGCCAGUGUUGGCUGAAUGCCAUAGAAAAUAUUCAAAAAGGCUGCAAACAGCUGACAGACGAAGGUCAAAGUCGAAUGGCCUUGUUUUAUCUGAACUGUUUCCUCGAAUUACAAGGAAGGCCAAACUAUCCUUGUUCAGAACUUCAAAGUUUGCCAGAAUGCACAAAAAAUAUGCUGGAUGGGGACAGAAGUAGUUACGCAACAUUUUUCACUCACACUCAAAAUAUUUGUUAUUUUCUUCAGAGCCAGGCAUGGCAUCAAGAAACACAAAGAACCAUUUCCAGGUUGGCUGAGAAUUCUGCAGUUGUAGCCAACCAGUUGGAAGAAUCCAGCCAGCUGCAGGAAAAAAUGUUGCACCAGCAGAAUACGUCUUUGCAAAACCAGAUGCAGUUGAUCAACCAAGCGUCGAAUUUGAGUCUAAUUAUCGCAAACUCGUCAUCCGAUGUCAGGUUCAUGUUUGAUGAGUUCAAUAAAACGACGCAAGAGCAGAAGCUGCUGAUCUUCGAUGUUUUUGACAGAGUGGCUAAGCUGCAGUCGCUGGUCCUUGGGGAAUUUACUGGCUUCUACUCUAUCAUUUUUUACACUUUGUCUAUUCUGAUCAGCUACAUGUUGACUUCAACGCCCAGAACAAGUGGUGCCAGAUUUGCUCUGUUCGGCAUCAUGACCCUUAACAUCGUAGUGGAACGGCUGAUCUUGUCUCGUAACAGCGCUGUAACAACAGACGGAUCCACAGUAAUGGAAGAAAUGGAUGAAUCAGUAGUGUACUGCAGGCAGUGGUGGUGUCGUCAGAUCAGCUGUGUGCUAGGACUGAUCUUAUUGGGCGUCUGUGCUUACCGAUAUAAAGACCUGAAUGUCAUCAACAACCAACUGCUGGUGGAAAUCCGCAAACAAAAUUCCGACCUAAAAAAGUUCAUUCUGACAGGUGGAACACCACAGGGUGCAAAUGGAAGCGAUGUCACAGAUGCAUUGGAUUGUGUAAGGGGGGUAACUCCUGUUAAUCAUCAACCCGCCAUCAAACUGGACACAGAUCACAGUACAGGGUAUGAAUCAGACACGGGUACGAGUAGUGAUACUGGAUCAGACUCGGACAGCGGCCAGAGUGACCGAACUUACAUGCUGCAGGAUGAUGCGGAUGUAGACACGUCUUCUGUAGAGGAUCGGUACUCCACAGCGCCCUCUCGUGGGUCAAGCAGAGCGAGCACACCUUCCUUAAUGAGUGAAGUUAACGACCUAUGGAAUUCCACACCUGUGAGGGAACUGCGCCAGAGGCAUUCACUGUACAGUUCCAUGCAUGGGCCAGGGGGAGAUAAUCGAAGCCCUCGGAAGCUUGGCACCUCAAGGCAGUCAAGAAGCCGCUCUAGCACACCUUUACGGAGCGAUGUACGCCCGGGCUUGCAGCGCUACUUUCUGCGGGACCGUACAUCAUCUUCAUCUUUCACCAACCCUGUAGUCAACACAGAAUCUCCGGAGACUUUCUCAAAGACUGUGAAACGUCUGGCCAGGCUGGCCUCCAAAAACAGCAUGAUGGCCAAAUUUACCGUCCAGAGGAGAAAUAUGCCUUUUGGCUCAUCAGAGGACGAAUUAUGAUAAAAAGAAACUGAAGGACGAAAAAAUUUCUUAUAAAAUAUGCCAACUGGUGCAGGAACAUUGUACACAAGUGACAAUUUGUUUUAAUUUAAAUGUUUUUUAUUAGGCAGUUUUAAUUUAACUUGAGAUAAAGUUUUUUCCUCCAAUAUAUGCUUACAUUUUUUUGUUCUUAAGAAAAUUUACGUGAGGUUCUUGUUGAGCAAGGUUGUCCAGGGUUUUCUGCUGUUGUGGGUUUUUUAUUAAACUUUGCGAUCUUGACCUUUUCCUUAAACUUGAGUGUCUUCCAUAGGAGCCCAGUGGUGAGGU